GCUUUGGCUUUGCUUUCGUUCUGCCUCAGUCGUCUAGUCCACGAUGUCCGACAAUAAACAUGACGUGAAGAAAGACAUCGAAAAGGAUGCCUAUGGAGCUGAGGUCGACGUUCAGUCCUCGCAGGAUACUUUUGUGCCAUCUUAUAAGUACCAGUGGCUUAACAAGUUCCUCAGUUGGGGAGUUGAAUAUAGAGGCAUCCAUCCCGUUCCGCUCGAGGCACGAACAGAGACCCAUUACAGCAAGAUAUUCUUCAUCUGGCUUUCUGCGAACGUGAACAUCCUGUCGUUCUCCACGGGAACACUGGGCCCAGUGGUAUACGGCCUUGGACUACGUGACUCGUGCCUUGUCAUCCUCUUCUUCAACAUCCUAACGACCCUUCCGCCAGCAUACUUCACGACAUGGGGACCCAGACUGGGUUUACGACAAAUGUGCCUGUCUCGAUACACGUUCGGAUACUUUGGCGUCGCGUUGCCUAGCAUAUUGGCGAUCAUUGGUGGCACGGGUUUCUGUAUCCUGAACUGCAUUUUAGGCGGUCAGACAUUGGCCUCGGUCACGAAUGGAAGUCUGUCGUGGACAGUGGGAAUCGUCAUCAUCGCCGUCAUAUCCCUGGUGAUAUCCUUCUUCGGGAUGAACAUUCUCAAUUGGUAUGAACGAGUAGCAUGGUUCCCUGUCCUCCUCGUCUUCCUCGUGGCCACCGGGCUUGGUGGGAAGAACUUCAUCAGCCCACCUCCGGCAGAGCCCGCUACGGCACAACAGGUGCUCUCGUUCGGGGCGACUAUUGCUGGGUUCGUUAUUACAUGGUCGACUUUCAGCGCGGAUUAUACGGCGUAUUAUUCUCCUAAUGUGUCGAGCUGGCGCAUCUUCACCUAUUCCUACUUCGGUCUUCUAAUCCCCAUCGUCCUUUUGGAAUCUCUUGGAGCUGCUGCUGUGAUCGCCGUAGAUGUCGUCCCAGACUGGGAGGCCGGAUACGCUGACGGAAACGUCGGCGGCUUAGUCGAAGCGAUGUUACACCCCGUCGGCGGCUUCGGGAAGUUUUUAACCGUGUUGCUCAGUCUGAGUGUGACAGCAAACAAUGCGCCCACGAUUUAUUCGCUGUGUCUGGGAUCGCAGACGUUCAUUCCACCCCUCGUUGUAGUCCCGAGAUGGGUGUUCUCGAUUGUUGCGACGGCUAUCAUCAUCCCCCUUUCCAUCGUCGGUCAACACAAAUUCUACACCGCGCUCUCCAACUUCCUCGGUUUAAUCGGCUACUGGGCCUCCGCCUGGAUCGCCAUCCUCCUAGUCGAACACCUCGUCUUCCGACACGGCGACUUCUCCUCCUACGACCUCCGCGUCUGGAACCGCCCUUCCCAACUCCCGACAGGCAUAGCUGCAGUCAGUGCGGGCGUGCUGGCGUUUGGGCUCGUGAUACCCGCGAUGGACCAGGUGUGGUUCACGGGCCCGAUUGCGGCGAAGACGGGCGAUCUUGGGUUUGAGUUAGCGUUCUGCACGAGUGCGGUGCUUUAUUUACCGUUCAGAUGGGCGGAGAAGAGGUGGAGGGGGAUAUAAUGUCAAGUCAGAGAGGGCCGAUAUUAUUAUGGAUUUAUGUGUUGUAUUGUGCUCGUGAACAGUGCUUUCUUGAAUGUCAGGAUCCAUGUUGUAGU